AUGGCUCCUGAGAAUAGAAACAAUAAUUUUACAAAUAGCUCUUAAAUAUCAGGUCACUAAAGAGCUUAGUCUAUAAAGCAGUAAGCUAAGCAGACUUCAAUUACAACUUUGUAGCCAAUUUCAACAAUACAUCCUAUUCCUGAAAUACCAACAAGCGCUAUGUCAUAAUCAUUGGAACGUGGGUCUUUGUUAAAGGUUAAACAAACAAGAUAAGUAAUGGAGAAAGAUGAAAAAUUACUUGAAAAUAGAAUAAAAAUGCUUCACAACGAGGAAUAAAAGUUAUUGAAAAAAAUUGAUAUGACUCGUAAAUAAGCUGAGAAGAUUUUAGCCAUCAAAUAGUAGAAUGAAGAGCAUCAUCGACAGAAAAUUAUGAUGCAGAUGGAACAAGAUUCAUCAAUUGAUUAGUUUAAGGAAUAGAAGAGGUAAGAGAAAGAAAUGAGCAAGCAGAAGUUUUAAGAUUAUACUCGCAGCAUUUAUGAAGACAAGAGAAAUGCUUAUAUAAGCCUAAAAAAUACAAGAUUGACUGGCGAGCAAUAAAAGCAGCAAUAUUUACAGACAGUUAUCUAGCAAAAUCAAGAUCGUAAAUAAUAAAUAAGACAGCAAGAGUUUAUUGCCAAAGAAAAAUUAAAUCUGCACUGGAAUAGCAAGGUUGAGAGGUCACAGCUAAACUAUUUAGAAAAGUUAGACAAAUAAAAGAAUGUACUUAGUGAGAAAGCAAAGAAUAUUACGAAGAUGGAAGAGAUGGAGGCAGAACUUCUAAAAAAGCUGCAACAUACAUAAUUAAGACACAAGGAGACUUUCUCAAUGCUAGAGAAUGUAAUGAAAGGAUAAACAGUUGGAGUAAAGACUAGGUUGACUUAAUCUGUCGAUUCUAGAUCUGAAAUGGGCGAGGUCAAUAAGUAAUCUAAGACUGAUUCAAGCAUGAAUAACGGUUUCUAGAAGAAAAAAUAUUGA